AUGGCGGCGAUGGAGGCAGUGCGGGCGCAGCUUGGGAGGCUGGAGGACGAGACGGCGGAGCUUCAGCGGCAGGCUGACACUGCGGCCGAGGCCAAAGCCGCGGACGAGGCGCUGGCAGCGCAGGUGGUCAGCAGGCUGGAGUCCGAGAAGGCGGAGCUGCAGCAAAAGGCUAACGCAUGGGCUGAUGCCAAGGCUGCAGAGUCGGCGCUGGCAGCGCAGGUCAGCCGGCUGGAGACCGAGAAGGCGGAUCUGCAACAGCUGGUUGACGCAUGCGCCGAGGCCACGGCGGCGGAGGAAGCAGUGCAUGUGCAGAUGGGCAAGCUGGAGUCCGAGAAGGCAGAGCUGCAACAGAAGGCCGACGCAUGUGCUGAGGCCAUGGCGGCGGAGGCUGCGCUGCGGGCUCAGGUGAGCAGGCUGGAUGAUGAGACGGCGGAGCUUCAGCGACAUGCCAACGCGGCCGCCGAGACCAGGGUGGCAGAGGAGGCGCUGGCAGCACAGGUGAGCAGACUGGAGUCCGAGAAGGCGGAGCUGCAGCGGCAGGCCACCGCCGCGGAGGAGGCGUUGCGGGCGCAGGUGAGCAGGCUGGAAUCCGAGAAGGCUGAGCUUCAGCGGCAGGCCAGUGCGCGCGCCGAGGCCAAGGUCAUGGCGGCACAGGUCGUCAGGCCGGAGGACGAGCGGUCGGAGCUGCAGCAGCAGGUCCAGCCCGGCGCCGGCGCGUCCGAGAAGGACCUCGCAGAGCAGGGCGGCGAUACCUCGCCAGGGCGGCAGCGCAUCGAGGAUGACGAUGACGAGGACGGUACCUCGCAGGAGUGGUUCUAG